ACAUUUGUAUAACUAAUAUAAUUUAAUGACUUCAUUAUAUGCAUUUGUACUUGAUUUGAUAUAUAAACUUUUUUUUAACUAGUUUAACUAAAGUUAAACAAGUAGUCUGGUGACUUUAAAUGGCUUUUUUUUUUUACAGUUUUGUAGUUUUUGAGAAAGGUUUGGUGGUUUUGAAAGUCCUCUCUUCUCAUUGGUCGACAUGGACGUGAUGCCUGAAUGCCGUACUGAGAGCUCCAGCCAAUCAGAGUGCAUUUCCAGCCAACCUGUGGCUAGAUUACCACGCCCACCGGAAAGUGCAGAACAGGCCACGCUCGGUCUUUCUGUUUGGACGGAGGGCGGGAAAAGCAGCGAAGACUCGUCAGUCAGCGACACAUCACUCCUCUUGCCUGCCCACACUGACUUAGCUCCACCUCCCCUGGACCCGAAAGGAAAAUUAACUCGUUGUGACGUCAUCAGUAAGGCGGACAGCUCAUCAGUGGCUCCGCCUCCCGCGUGCACCUGCACUACUUCUCCUCCUCCUCGUCACCUGUCCUCCAAUACAAGCCACACAUCCUUCAAGGUGGACGCUGCUCACAUCAAGGAAGUAGCAGGAGAUGACUGUUGCGUUCACUGUUUGCUGGCAUGUUUGUUCUGCGAGCUGCUGUCCAUGUGUUCAGCCAUGGGGGCGUGUCUUCCGUGUGCACGGGGCGGAGCUGGUUGCUGCACAGCUGCUGAUGACGACUGCUGCUGCUGCUGCAUGGAGGCGGCAUGCACUGGCGAGGCGUGUCAGGCCGUGUCGGACUGCGGGAUGCUGGAGGAAUGCUGCAGCUCGGCCGACUGCUUGGAGAUUUGUCUGGAAUGUUGCUCCAUCUGCUUCCCGUCUUAAAGAAGUAGCAACGUAGCAUCUCUCAAGUGUGUGUGUGAGAGAGAGAGAUGGCUCGGGAGGAGAUAUGUUGUUGUCAGUUGAUGGGACCUCCAUGCAGGAAACAGGAAAUCACUGAAAUGACAUCAGAUGACCUCUGACCCCAGGGAGCCGACAUCAAAACUACAGACAGCGCACCACCACCCAUCCACACACACACACACACACACAAUGUAAACAUAUCUCAUUUAAGCUACAAGUUGUCUUUAUAGCUUUCUCUUUCAUUGAUUUUGAAUAUUCAUACUUUAUUUGUCACUUCCUGUGAGGACAGACAAAAAAGCUCUGCAUUGAUUUCAGAUGUUUUGGACUGUUUCCCCCCCCCCACACACACAUCUCAACCAGGUAGAUACCCCUGGCUUGAAUACAGUCUAUCGUUAGGAAAUAAUUGAUCAAAAUAAAAAACGUGCAAACUUCAAGAGGGAUGACUACCAACACUAUUUACAAAGGGCAUAAAAUGGGCCUGAUGUCACUACCUCUAUGAACUAGUCUGUUAUUUCAAUUUUGUUUGCGAAUCUGAACUCAUUGCGAUUGUUGUUGUUGUUCAGUUUCAGUAUAGGUCAGUCAGUCAUAGCAAGUUUUUGCUGCCCCCUGCUGGCGAGUGACAAACUUACUUGAUUCAAGGAAGGUUCUUCUCGUACAAUUGAAUUGUAAACAGUUUUUUAUUUCUAUAUACAAGUGUUUGUGUGUCCAUAUAUAUAUAUCACACUCCAUGUGAUACUGACAUCUGUUACAAAAGCAACGACAUCACAGCAAUUCAAAUACGAUCGACACUUUGUUCAGUACUAGCAAGAUAAAGCUGUGUUCGUUAGCAGUUAGCAUUAGAUAAUGCUAAUGCUACUUUUGUUCCAUUACAACGUCCGCGCUCACUGCUUGCACUCGAGUGUUGUAAGCUAAUGUAAAUGUAAAAAUAACAAAAUAUCGACUCUCUCUGCUGGUGAGAAUAAAAACUUAACAUUUCCCUUCUUUUUCCUGGGAUUUGCCAGCAGUGAACAUUUAAAAGUGAUGAAGUAAAGCUCACCUGAGACGCUUACUACAGCUAAAAUGUGACAUCACAGAUCUAGGUGUCUCCGAAGAGAAAUGAUUACCAGCAGACAAAAAUAUAAACAAAUGGACAAUAUUCUAUUGGAUAAAAAGCAAAAAGGAAGACAAGAAUGCUUGCGGUUAGUGUCGCUGAACUCUAUUGACCAAUCAGGUCGCAGCUUUCAGUGAUUGGUAGACUGUCAUUGGCUGCUUGACUUCAUUUAAAAGUUUGUGAGACAUUGUGACAUCACAAUGUGUUUCCAGGUUUUUCCUCUUGAGUCUAUUUGUAGUUGUUACCAUGGCAACAAAGGGAUGCUAUGAUUGCCAUGAUGCCAGAGGGUGAUGUUUUUAAGACGGUAGAGACGGUUACCACGGUGACUGAGUGUAAUCGUGAGGUUAUCAUGGUGAUGAAACAUUACCAUGGCGACAGACAGGUUGUUUCAGGUAUUGGUCAAAGGUCGUCGUCCAUGCUGAAGCUGCUUCUCCUGCUGCUGCAGCGUGAUGCUCCACAGGACAGCAUUGGAUCGGCGCCGCCUGCCGGUGACAUCACACCGCCGCCGCCGUCCUCCACUAGCAUGUCUCCGAGGUCAUCAAGCGCCAUCAGCCCGACGUCGCUCAUCAGGUCCGAAGAGAAGAUGUGGGCAGGAUCGUGAGCGUCGCUAAGCUCGGCUAAGCUAUAUGAGUUUGAAGACUGUGGCAAGGCAGCGCCGCUGGUCGAAGACAGGAAGGUCUGUGGGUCACUUAUGGCGCCAUCCAGAGAAGAAGAAGAAGAAGAAGAAACGCCGUGGAGGCGGGCUUGAAGCUCCAACUCCUGAAAACAACAAUAAACAUUGAUACAUGAGCGAGCGUUCUGAUUGGUGGACACGGUGUCAUGUGGGCUAGACUGACUUGUAUCCUGAGCAUCAAAGUCCGGUUGGUGAGUUCCAUUUGUUUGUGUCGUUGUUCCAUGCCGCGUGCUCGUUGUUGUUCCUUCUGAAGUUUCCGGAUGUAAUCCACCGACGCCUUCAGGAUGCUUCCUUUGUUCCACCUGGCAUCCCUGUCCAAUCACAGGCCUGGCCUCGUUAGUGGACACAAUGCAAGCACAUCCUUUGAGCAUCUAACGAGCGUACUGACGGGUCGGGCGAUUUGGGUACGAGCGCUCCAAGUUCUUUGAUGCGGUCGUUGAUGUUGAAGCGUCUUCGCCGCUCGACUGCAACAAACGACAACUCGUCUUAACCACUUUGCUAAGAAUUUAAGCGUAGUCGGUCGCUAAUGGAGACUCACUCAAGUUGUGAUUGUCCUUCUUCUGUCGCUCCUUCAUCAGCGCUUUUGUGUCCAAUUCUGAAACAUCAUCACCGUCACAUCAACUUCCUGUUCGCGAUUUAACAUUUAAUACAACUUCCUUGCCCAAGAGAAGCUAACAGGAAGUGAGAAGUGCUGAUGUUUUCACAUUCAUGCGUGUGAGGAUGCAGUUGUGUUGACUCAACAAAGUCUAUCUCUCUCACACACACACACACAUACAGAGCGCUAGGGCAAGGGGGC